GACCCCCGUCUCCAGACCCGCUGGACCCGAACCCCUGUAUCCUGACCCGCUGCACCCGAACCCCCGGUCUCCGGACCCGACCCCCCGUCUCCAAACCGGUCUCCCCUACUGACGCGCCUUCCGGUCGUGUAGCAGCUUGUUGGUUUUUUACCCGGAUAACGUGGACGGCCCGACCGCCAUGGAGCUGGGCGCCACAUCCCCGCGGAUGUAACCGAGCCCCGGACUACUGCGAACCUCCUCCGACACAACAAAGCAUUCCUAGUUUGUUUCACGGUCGUUGGAAAGACGGCGUCCGGCGUGAAGAGAGGCUCGGAGGUCGGGGACUCCGGCCGGAGCACCGCGGCGCACCGCUUCUGGCCUCCCCUUCCCGAGAGCUCCAUGGAGAAGAUGAAGCGCUUCCGGCGCCGCCUGACGCAGACGCUGCGCGGCAGCCACACCAUCGAUGAGUCCCUGUCGGAGCUGGCCGAGCAGAUGACCAUCGAGGAGAACGGACUCAAGGACGGCGAGCCAGUGGUGAGGAACGGCUGCCCCCCGUCGGCCCACUCCGUGCACUCCUUCCUGCACCAGUACACGGGCUCCUUCCGGAAGCCCCCGCCGCGACGGCCCCACAGCGCCACAGGGGGGGGGGCCCUCACCGCCAUGCCCCGCAACGGGAGCCGCCUCGACAUCGUCCAUGAGAACCUGAAGGUGGGGUCGGACGGGGAGAGUGACCAGGCUUCCGGAACGUCCUCAGACGAUGUGCAGUCGCCGACGGGGGUGUGUCUACGUAACCGCGGCAACCGCCGCAUCUCUGCCGAGGACCUCAACAAGCGUCUGUCGCUGCCGGCCGACAUCCGGAUCCCCGACGGCUACCUGGAGAAGCUGCAGCUCCGCAGCCCCCAGUUCGACAUGCCCCUCAGCCGGCGCUCACGGAGGGCCUCCCUGUCGGAGAUUGGCUUCGGCAAACUGGAGACCUACAUUAAGCUGGACAAACUGGGGGAGGGGACGUACGCCACGGUGUUCAAGGGCCGCAGCAAGCUGACCGACAACCUGGUGGCCCUGAAGGAGAUCCGGCUGGAGCACGAGGAGGGGGCGCCCUGCACCGCCAUCAGGGAGGUGUCGUUACUGAAGGACCUGAAGCACGCCAACAUCGUCACUCUGCACGACAUCAUCCACACGGACAAGUCCCUCACGCUGGUCUUCGAGUACCUGGACAAGGACCUGAAGCAGUACAUGGACGACUGCGGCAACAUCCUGAGCAUGCAGAACGUCAAGAUCUUCCUCUACCAGAUCCUGCGGGGGCUGGCCUACUGUCACAAACGGAAGGUUCUCCACCGAGACCUGAAGCCACAGAACCUUCUCAUCAAUGAGCGCGGAGAACUCAAGCUAGCAGACUUCGGCCUGGCGAGGGCCAAGUCGGUCCCCACAAAGACGUACUCCAACGAGGUGGUGACCCUCUGGUACCGGCCCCCCGACGUGCUGCUGGGCUCCUCCGAGUACUCCACGCAGAUCGACAUGUGGGGGGUGGGCUGUAUCUUCUACGAGAUGGCCGCGGGGAGACCCCUCUUCCCAGGCUCCACGGUGGAGGACGAGCUGCACCUGAUCUUCAGGCUGCUGGGCACUCCGAACGAGGACACCUGGCCCGGGAUCUUGUCCAUCGAUGAGUUCAAGACGCACAAGUUCCCGAAGUACAAGAGCCAGCCCCUCAUCAACCACGCGCCCAGCCCUAUGCUAACUGGAGACGGGCAGGAGCAGGACUUAAGUCCCAGACCCAGGUUGGAUACGGAUGGCAUUGACUUGUUAAUGUCCUUCCUUAAAUACGAGUCGAAGAAGAGGAUGUCGGCGGACGAGGCGAUGAGGCAGGCCUACUUCAGGAGCCUGGGGCCCCGCGUGCUGGCCCUGCCCGAGACCAUCUCCAUCUUCACGCUGAAGGAGGUGCAGCUGCAGAGGGACCCGGGCUACCGGAGCUCCUCCUACCCCGAGUCAGGCAACGGCAAGAGCAGGAGGCAGAGCAUGCUGUUUUAGGAACUCAGAGUUUGAUUUAGUUAUUUUUUUCCUCCAUUAUGUUUGUUUUUUUUAAAUAAGAGAAGGCUCUACUUUGCUGUACACUCUCAAGGCGGAGGGAUACAUAGACGGACAUUGUGGUGACCGGGUCUUACACCUCCGGACCCAGGGGGGAAACCAGACCCUGGACCCAGGAGGGAACCAGACCCUGGACCCAGACCCUGAUCCCUGGUCCCAGGGGGUCUGGACCAAGGGGGGAACCAGACCCUGGUCCCUGGACCCAGGGCGGAUCCGCCCCGCGUCGUGAACCAGACCCAAAAAAAGAGACAUUGUUUAUACACAUUUAUAUUUAUUGGGGAGAGAAUUUGCUGCUAGAAACCAACUACUGUCUAGAAUUCUAACGACUCAGUCACUUUAAGGCAAACAUGCAAUGUGUAUAGAAUUUUAAUUUGUUUACUUUCUGAAGUGGUGUUUUUACUCAUGUUUGUCGUCAUCAUUUUCAACGAUUCAAACUCCACCUUGAGACGGUUUGGUCGGGCAGGGGGAGGGGGAGGCGACUCACCCCCUCACACUCAGACGUCCCCCCCUCCCUCUCUGCUCCUCACCCACCUCAUGAUGAAAGGUCAAAGGUCGGGUAGUCCCCGCCCCGGUCACCUCGUGACCCAGAGGAUCUGACCCCUCAUUGCCCCAUGCCGUGGGCAUCGAGCAGAAAAAAUUAAAUGUCCUGCGACGGUAUGAAAAUCCGAAGACGAGAACGGACGCAAAAGGCGGGGGUUGGGGCCUCGGGUGUUACCGUGGCGAUGGGUGACAUCCAAUCCCCACGUCCUCCUUCCUGAUGCUAGCGAGGGGAGUUCCCAGCUGUUCUUGUCGCUGCUCGCCCAUGGCAGAGCAGGGCUUCCUUGUUGGUGUUGCAUGCCUGCUCUGGUCCUGAGGAGGGCCGAGCCUCAGACCAGGUCAGAGGUCAGAGCCUCAGACCAGGUCAGAGGUCAGAGCUCUGGUCCUCAGCCGGGGUCAGAGCUCUGAUCCUCAGACCGGGUCAGAGGUCAGAGCCUCACACCAGGUCAGAUGUCAGAGCUCUGGUCCUCAGCCGAGGUCAGAGCUCUGAUCCUCAGAACGCGUCAGAGCCUCAGACCAGGUCAGAGGUCAGAGCUCUGGUCCUCAGACCUGGUCAGAGGUCAGAGCUCUGGUCCUCAGACCGGGUCAGAGGUCAGAGCUCUGGUCCUCAGACCGGGUCAGAGGUCAGAGCUCUGGUCCUCAGACCGGGUCAGAGGUCAGAGCUCUGGUCCUCAGACCGGGUCAGAGGUCAGAGCUCUGGUCCUCAGACCAGUGGUCCCAUCUCCUCUGUAUUCAGGGAGAGCUUGCUCUCCAUCCCUGCUCCUCCACCCCCCCUCUCCCUUAUAGUGAAUACGAUUAUGGAGUCGCAGUAUAUUUAACAGUGUUACCAGAGAUGUUUUGUAUGACAACGUUUAACUUUAUUUGUGAAUAAUUGUCAUGUUUAGCAUGUUGUUGCAGAACCCCUUCCUGUAUCUGAGCUUGAGUUGUUUUGGGUUUUUUUCAAGAGAAAAAUAUUAAACUUAUAAAAUAAUC